GACCAAAUUACCAGACUCCCCUUCAGCCACCCUGGGAUGGUAGUCAUGGCAACAUAGAGGCUAAUCUCCAGUGGACACAGAAAGAGAGAGGGAGAGAAUGAAAGAGUGAAGAGGCUGAUGACCGUGGUGAGUACAGCCAUGUAGAAGAUGCAGAGGGAGCGAGAGACUGGGAGAUGAAGAGAGGCUGGAGGAGGAGAGGAAUAGGAACGGAUUCAACCGCUGCCACUGGUCGCAAGGAGCGCCUGGUAGGAGAGGGGAUAGAGUGUUUCCUAGAGAGGAGGGCGAUGAGGAAGGGAGAGGAGGAGGAGGCAGAGGGGCAGCCACCUUCGUGCGGUGACCGGCUCUGAUGGCUCCCCGGGAGAGUCAGAGACAGAAACACCGCGGCUUGGGAGGGACAGGAGGUAUUUGGGAAGUGACGUGGAAUCAGAGGAGGUUGUGUUUUGGUUCGGGACGAGAGGAAAGGGGAGGAACAUGGCAGCGCAGUCUGAUGGAAGGGGAGGGGGAGAAACGGAGGAAGGAGUGGGGGAGGGGGUGUUUGAUGGAGACACAGAGGAAGACUGUCAGCCUCUGGACUCUGCAGCUAUCCACAUCUGCCUCUGCUGUCACUCUGCUGUCUGCUACUGGGGCUGUCGCUCCAACUGCCUGGGAAACCUGCUGGGGAAAGACACUACUGGAAGGAUUGAGGGUACCGGAGUUGGCGGUGGUAGGAGUUUGAGGGAGACUCGCUGCCCGCCAGAAGAGGGACUGUGGCUGGACUGUCUCUGGUUGAUCCUGGCUCUCCUCGUCUUCUUCUGGGAUGUGGGAACAGACCUACUUCUCGCUGCGGACUACUAUGACAGACAGGACUAUCUGUGGUUUGGCCUGACGCUCUUCCUGGUGCUGGUGCCGUCGAUUGUAGUUCAGAUACUGAGCUUCCGCUGGUUCGUCCAGGACUACAGCGGAGAGUGUCUGACCACCUGGCUGGGGACAGUGGACUGCAGCAGGGGAGGAGAGAGAGAAAAGCUGACCAGGCAAGGGCCAGCCGGCCACAGAGGGGUUUAUCCUGGAACAGACCGGGUCAGAGUGGCCUCAGUGUGGCUGUGGCAGAUCACCAUACACAUUCUACAGCUGGGACAGGUCUGGAGGUAUAUCCGUACGUUAUACCUGGGUAUCCAGUCCCACCGUAUGAAGGAGCAUAAGGAGGCACAGAGGAGGUUCUACUGGGCCAUGAUGUUUGAGUACGCAGACGUCAACAUGCUGCGGCUACUGGAGACCUUCCUGGAGUCAGCUCCUCAACUAGUACUACAGCUCUGUAUUAUGAUACAGCAGAACCGGGCUGAGACUCUACAGUGUAUAUCUAGUCUAGGCUCUCUUCUGUCUCUAUCCUGGGUGUUGGCCUCGUACCACAAGCUCCUGCGCGACUCCAGAGACGACCAGCGCAGUCUGAGUUAUCGCGGUGCCCUCCUCCACCUUCUCUGGCGCCUCCUCACCAUCUCCUCCCGCGUUCUCUCUCUCGCCCUCUUCGCAUCCCUCUUCCACCUGUACUUUGGCAUCUUCGUGGUGCUCCACUGGUGUGGCAUGGCCCUGUGGGUGGUGCAUGGCGGAACAGACUUCUGUAUGUCUCGCUGGGAGGAGGUGCUGUUUAACAUGGUGGUGGGCAUCGUCUACAUCUUCUGUUGGUUCAACGUCAAGGAGGGACACACCAGGGGACGCAUGGUGGCUUACUACUCUGUGGUACUGGCUGAGAACACACUGCUCACUGGACUGUGGUAUGUGUAUCGUGACCAUGAAGAGACAGACAGCUACGCGGUUCCAGCGUUGUGUGGUGUCUACCUGUCCUUUGCGGGUGGAGUACUGGUGAUGCUUCUAUACUACGGCCUUCUCCACCCCUCACACACACACCCCACCCCGGCAUCGACCUGGUGGGAUGAGCUGCUGUGGGGUAACCCCUUGCCCCCCUCAGCUCCACCCACCCCAGCCCACCUGGCUGCCCCGUUUCACAGUGAUGACAUCAUCGCAGAAGGCUGUCUGCCGGUGUUCCAGGUGCGUGGCCCGCCAACCUCGAGGCGUUUCGAAGGUCCUCUGAUAAAGAUUGACAUGCCGGAAACGUUACCCGGCUGGGACGCUCACUACGUGGACAGACGGCUGCGAAGGACCAUCAACCUACUACAGUACCUGACGCCUGCAGCCGCAGGCAUACGAUACAGGGACAGACCUCUGCUCUAUGAACUACUGCAGUACGAGUCUUCUUUCUGACACAUACACACAUAGACAAACACACAUAUUUUACAAAGUGCGCACAUGUAACCGAUGUGAAAUGGCGAGUUAUUUAGUGGUGCUCGUAGUAGUGUUCAACCGGUGACCUCACCCGCUCUGACCUAGACGUAGUUGUUCCCUUAUGCAAGGACCACAGCUUUUGUGGAGUGACAGGUAACGAUGCUUCGUGGGUGAUGGUUGUUCAUCUGUUCAGAGGGUCCCUGGUUCGAGCUAGGU